UUUGUAGCAGAAGACGAAGAAGAAAGAAGUCUUUUGCAGCGCAACCGUCGGCAGCCAUCUUUGACACGUUCUAACCCAGAGCGAGCGUCGUGUUUGUGAGCUUUACGGCGUUUAGUGCUACUCUAUAUACGUAGUCGGUAGUAAAUAGCGAUGUCUCGAUAUUAUAAUAAUCGCAACGGCAUGGGAAUGAAUCAAUUCCAGCCUCGCAGAGGUGGUGGAGUCGGUGGUCCGAUGCGCGGUGGUUUUAACCCCCAAAUGAGGAACCACCCUUUCCAAAACCACCACCAAAGAGGACAGAAUAGUAACUUCAAUAGGUCGUCCAACAAUGGACAGCAGGCGACUCAACAGAAGCCAGCCAUCAUCCCACCGCCGAGCCCCGGGCCUGCUCUCACCAUGCAAGGACCGAUGGAGAAGCAGCAGACACCCAUCAAGCAGGAGCCGGCUUCUUCGCCGGUAAUCCCGGCCAUCGAGCCCAACAAUCAGCGCAAGGAAGUAGCAUCGCCCCAGCUGAACCAGCAUCUUAAGUCGCCUAAUGCAAAUGCUAACAGACAGCAGCAAAAUCAAUUUGGGCUGACCAGUCCUAAGUCAGAUCCGCAGCAGGACCAGAAGGGAGCCCCGCAACAAAACCAGCAGGCCCAGAGGACCGGCCAACAGCAGAAUCAGCAGCAACAGAAGCAGAACCAAGGCCAGCAGCAACAGAAGCAGACCCCAGGCCAGCAACAAAUUCCACCGAAGCAAUCCUCGGGCCAGCAACAAAGUCUACCGAAGCAAUCCCCGGGUCAGCAACCAAGUCAACUGAAACAAUCCCCGGGUCAGCAACCAAGUCAACUGAAGCAAUCCCCGGGUCAGCAACAAAGUCAACCGAAGCAAUCCCCUGGUCAACAACAAAGUCAACUGAAGCAAACCCCGGGUCAGCAACAAAGUCAACCGAAGCAAUCCCCUGGUCAGCAACAAAGUCAACCGAAGCAAUCCUCUGGUCAACCAGGUCAACCGAAGCAAUCCUCUGGUCAACCAGGUCAACCGAAGCAAUCCCCUGGUCAACCAGGUCAACCGAAGCAGCAACAAGGUCAACCGAAGCAGACCCCUGGACAGCAACAAGGUCAACCGAAGCAGACCACGGGCCAGCAACAAGGUCAACCGAAGCAGACCCCAAGUCAGCCACAAAGUCAACCGAAGCAGACCCCAAGUCAGCAACAAAUUCAACCGAACCAGACCCUGGGCCAGCAACAAGUUCAACCGAACCUGACCCCGGGCCAGCAACAAAUUCAACCGAACCUGACACCUGGCCAGCAACAAAUUCAACCGAACCUGACACCGGGCCAGCAACAAAUUCAACCGAACCUGACACCGGGCCAGCAACAAAUUCAACCGAACCUGACCCCGGUCCAGCAACAAAUUCAACCGAACCUGACCCCGGGACAGCAACAAAACCAGAUGAACCAGAGGACGGGCCAGCAACAGAACCAGAGAAUGGAUCAACAGCAAAACCUGAGGGGAGGCCCACAACAGGACCAGAGAAUGGAUCAACAGCAAAACCAGAGGGGAGGCCCACAACAGGACCAGAGGAUGGGUCCGCAGCAAAACCAGAGGGGAGGCCCACAACAGGACCAGAGAAUGGAUCAACAGCAAAACCAGAGGGGAGGCCCACAACAGGACCAGAGGAUGGGUCAGCAACAAAACCAGAGGGGGGGCCCACAACAGGACCAGAGAAUGGGUCAGCAACAAAACCAGAGGGGAGGCCCAUACCAGGACCAGAGGAUGGGUCAGCAACAAUACCAGAGGGGGGGCCCAUACCAGGACCAGAGGAUGGGUCAGCAACAAAACCAGAGGGGAGGCCAAUACCAGGACCAGAGAAUGGGUCAGCAUCAAAACCAGAGGAGGGGCCCUCAACAGGACCAGAGGAUGGGUCAGCAGCAAAACCAGAGGGGAGGCCCGCAACAUGACCAGAGAACCGGGCCUCAUAGCAGUCAAGACCCAGAAGAGGAUGCAGCGGGCAAAAGUUCGGAUGACAGUCAAACAAAGGAUUUCAAGGCGCCAUUGUCCAUGUUGCUAAAGCCUGGCGAGAAAACAUACACACAGCGAUGCCGUCUGUUCGUCGGCAAUCUUCCCAAUGACAUCACAGAGGAGAAUUUCAGGAAGCUUUUCGCCAAAUAUGGCGAGCCAAGUGAGGUCUUCAUUAACAAGGCCAAAGGCUUUGCUUUCAUUCGACUGGAGUCUCGUGCCUUGGCCGAGAUAGCAAAAGUGGAGCUUGAUGACACGCCAAUGAAGGGCAGAACCCUCCGCGUACGGUUUGCCACACACUCUGCGGCUCUUUCCAUCAAGAAUCUGUCACCCUAUGUGUCCAACGAGCUUCUGGAGGAGGCUUUCUCACAGUUUGGGUUGGUGGAAAGGGCCAUUGUCAUUGUUGACGACCGCGGACGCUCCACCGGCAAGGGUAUUGUGGAGUUUGCUUCCAAGCCUGCGGCCAGAAAGGCCCUGGAUCGAUGCAACGAGGGCGUCUUUCUGCUCACCACGUCACCACGACCCAUAGUUGUGGAGCCCCUUGAGCAGUACGAUGAUGAAGAUGGACUUCCUGAGAAACUGGCACAGAAGAACCUCAGAUAUCAAGCAGAGCGCGAAGAACCUCCUCGCUUUGCCCGGCCAGGCACCUUUGAGUUCGAGUACUCUAAGCGUUGGAAGUCCCUUGACGAGAUGGAGAAGCAACAGAGGCAGCAAGUGGAGAAAAACAUGCGCGAGGCUCGUGAGAAGCUCGAGAGUGAGAUGGAGGAUGCCUACCAUGAGCACCAGGCCAACAUGCUCCGCCAAGAUCUGCUCAGGCGACAAGAGGAACUUCGGCGCAUGGAAGAGAUGCACAGUCAGGAGAUGCAGAAGAGGAAGGAGAUGCAGUUAAGACAAGAGGAAGAGCGUCGCAGGAGGGAGGAGGAGAUGCUACGUAAACGAGAGGUGGAAGAACAGUUGCGGCGUCAGCGUGAGGAGAACUAUAUGAUGAACAACUUCAUGGACAGGGAGAGAGAGAUGAGAAUGACUUCUUCUAGUGCAAUGGGCAUGGGAGAUAUGUCCUUUACCACCGUCACCCAGAACUUCUCAUUGAGUGGAAUGGGAUUUGAGGGGCAGCAGCCAUCUCCAGGAUCCAUGUUGAGCAACGAAAUGCGCACUGAGCGCUUCGGUCAGAGUGGGGCCAGAGGAAUGGCUUCGGGUAAUAACUCCACUUACGGAAGGGUCCGCGAGGAAUUUGACAGUCCUGCUAAGAAAGCUCGUUUUUAAACGCUCUCCCUUUCUACAGCGUUUGUAUAGUUUCUCCGAUACAAAGAUGACUCACAAUUUGUUUUUAUUUAAGUUCAGAAUGUUCCAAGUUUUAUUCUGACAUUUGAUUUAGUUAGUAUACUCAUUUUUUUAUUUUCUAUUGUCAGUGGAGUAAAAAUGUAGGUUGCCCUUAAGCUCUAGUAGACCCCUAUGUAAUUCUUUUUCUAGCUGUAUUGUGUUGUGAUUCGUGGUGGAGUGUUAAUUGUAACUUUUCUUCCGAAUAAUGGCUGUGUUUGUGCCAUGCACUUGGCGUCCACACAUAUAUUACAAUAAAGACAAAUGGGUUCAAUCUGGCCAAACCUUUUUUGACAUUUAUAUUGCGUUGUUCAAAAACAACCAAGCUCCAGCAUAGGAUUGUUUUUUUUGUUCCUUUGGGUUUUUUUUCACAAAUAAAAAUGUGGCAAAUGUAGGUAGGUACAUGACAUCAGCUCUAAAAAGGGUCUGUACCCUGGGGAAUGGGCAUCCAUAUCCAUUUGUAAUACCUAACAAUCCAUUCUUACUGAAAGAGCUCAUUCAUAUAGCUCAGGAAAUUGAGUGCAAAUUUGCCAUGUAAACUUUCUGUCAAUCUGUCCCGUUUUCCUAUAUUCCUGUUUUAUGUUGAGGAAAAAGUAAACUUUUGAUCUGGGCAUGCAGUGAUCACGUCAUUUGAUUGAUUUGACGUCUAAUGUUUCACUGUCACACUGAACGGAUCAGUUGACAGCCGCAGCUUGACUUUAAAAGUCUGUUAUGUAGAUGAUCAUGCUUCAAACAACUACAGAUUAUCAGGACCUUUUUAGCCAUUUGUGCUCUCUGAACGUUAAAGCUAAAAUAAAUGCUAACAACGUAAUGGGCUUCAAGAAGCCUGGGUUAGGCUACAGGGUCACUUGCUCCUCUUUUUCCAAACCCUCUUUGCGGAGCUUGAUGUGCAACUCAAGGUCUGUUAUGUCGCAUCAACAACAACGCGGACCUCAAAUCUAUGUUUGAUGGGCUUUUUUUUUUUCCAUACACAAUUUCCAAUAUGUAGCCUUUCCUAUUUUUUCCUCCUGCAAAAGCCACAUGUAUUUUAUACGUGACGGAUGUUCCAGCUCCAACUAUAAUCUGGAUGUCUCUUCAGACACACAAUUAUUCACUUUUGCUAUUCAGGAAGCUAAAUGGCUAGUCAGGAAGAGUUGUGGUUGAUCACCUUCAUAAAAUCAGCACUACAAAGCAUUAGGCGCCUCACCCGGUCAUCCCAGACAGAGAGCUAUAGAAGGAAAAAUACGGUGUUGGGAGCAACGCACUAGUGACUAAACAGAAGCCUAAUCCAGGUUUUAAUUUCUGCUGAAUACUUGUACUGCAUUUGGAAUAUCUAGUCUUACAAAAUUAAAAAUGUAAAUUGUUCCCAAGAAUGCUGUAAAACAAGCACCAUCCAUCCAUGACCUGAAUUUGAACCUAAUUGGCAAUUGAUUUGUGUAUGCCCAGCUUUAUUGUUGUCGUCCAUUGUGUUCAAACCUCACACUUGGAACGGUUAUGUAAAGGAAAUAAUUAUAUAACACCACAGCUGUUUACGUGAGUCCAAAAUGGAUGUUGCUCUGAAGCCAUUUUGAAUCCUUGGUAAUGAUUUUGAUGUUGGAUCCUAGAACUUAAAGACCGUAUUGCCAUUCACACAGCCAAUCAAGACACACUCUUUGCUUGCUUAUUUGUUGCAAACACAAAACUACUGUUUCCCUGUUCUUGAAAGGUUUGCUUUUUGACCAAGUCUCCAUGUACAGCACUCUAGUUACUUGUAAACUACAAACACAUGGUUUUCAAGGACCUUGAUAUUUCUGAUGUUUAUCACUGGUUGUGCUGUAGGUAGACCAGAAGUUAUCCAGAGGAAAAAGCAGUUUAAACAGGUUAAAGUUGCAGUUUGUCCGGGUUGCACAACAAAAAAAUGGCAGGACAGUAAAAGCAUAUUUUUUUCUGCUUCUGAAUGUUUCAUUGUUUCAUUUGUGCUGUGAAUGUAUUUCUCCUUACUUGAGAAAGAUUCCUCUGCUGUGUUUAUUACGCCAUUUAUUUUUAAAAUACUUUUAAUUUUAGAGGUACAGAUAAUGAGGCUGAUUAGGACAUAUUUGAGAAGUAAUAAGCGGUAUUAUUAACACUGUAUUACCUGUGUUAAAUUAAAUGUAUUGAAAAACCUUGAUUAGGCCCUUUUCUAGCAAAAGCUCAGGAACUUGUUUCCUGAGACGGUUAGUUCCUGGAAGUAAAUAUUCUUGUAGAAGUGUGUGGUUUGCAUUUCCACAACAUUUCACAGUUCAGGGUAGUUUAUACAAAUCAGGCUGAUGACGUAUAGAGGAGUGGUUUAGUAUAUUUCUACACUGAUGCCACAAGUAAACAGACAAUAAUAAAUUUAGUUAGUUCAUUUACUAAAAGUUAAGUAAAUGAAAUACAAAGCGAUAAUAUACAAAACUAUAUGAUUUAUAAAAAAUAAAACAACAGUACCGAAUUGUUCGUAAGUUAGGGUUAUUGUUUGUGGUGUCCAAGUUGUCGUCUCCGUAAAUUAUGCAGGCAGGCGAUUCUUUUUUUGUCCACUUUAGCUGUAAACAUACAGAUAAAGGUCAGUGUGCAUUUCACAUUCACUCGAGUUGAGACAAAUAACUUAAACAAAUUGAGUGUCACUGACUAGUUUCACAAAGUAAACAGUUAUUUGCUGAAAUUUACCUUCCUUUCACUUGUGUAUAGUCUACUUUUUUGUAUUUCCCCAACAAAGUUUCAGAGUAGUAAACAGCCGAGGUCGUUGCUUCGAGUCCAGCUGAAUACUUCAUACUCCUCCGCGAAGUGUUUAAAAGGCUGUCCUCUUCUUGUAGAUUUGCGCAUCAAAAUGAAGUUUGUAAAAUAUAAUGAAACAUUAAACUGCAUAGAGUUUAACGACUACAGCUGAGUAAAAACAUUGCAAGAUAGUUCCACUGGUCAGCAUUCUUCAGCACAAAGGUGCCCCACAAAACUUCUUUCCAUUCAAAAUUUCACUUCGUUCUUCUCUCUCUCUAUUGUCAGGUUUGUUGUAGUAGAAAUAGACAAGAAAUGGGAAAUAAACAAGUUGUCUAGCAUUCUGUAAUGGUGGCAACUGUGUUUAACCAAUCAGCGUUCGACAGCACAGCCCUCCCCCGAUAAGGUGUCAAGAACCUUCCAAAAGUCCACCUCGCUGGCAGGAACUAAAAAAAAAAAAAAGUUCCUAAAUAACUAAAUCUACAUUUGUAGUUUUUGGUGGAAACACAGGGGGAACAUUAUUUACCUGGGUAAAUAGGAAAGAGUAAGAGUCUUCGAUAGAAAAAGGCCUAUUGUCAACUGAACUUUGAUAAAUUCACAGACUGGCUGGCACCAGCUUUCUAGCUUCAAUGCUAAUAUGAGAACAAAAUAAAUUAAUAUCCUUACGCAUUAAGAAACAUACCCCAAUCUAAACACAUUGCUGUCAAAAUAGUUAAUGCAUUCAAUUGUGCACAUUGAACCUACAAGCUGUGCUCUCAACACUGCUCGGCGAUUCAAGAAAGAUGAUUUUAUGGUGCGUUCAAGGACAGCUAAAAAGAAGAGGAGGCCACAAAGUCUGCCAGAAAUAAUAAAUGAUACAUUUUAGUAGUUGCGCUUGUUUCAUUUAACUAAUAUUAAUGUGCUAAAGUACAAAGCAAUACUUAUAACAAAUGCUUAGCCAUUAGAGCAGAUACAAUGCUAAUACUAAAAAACCCUAAUGUGCAACAUAGAAAAAGUACAAUACAUGCAAAAUAGUGGCUUAUUCUAAAAGUUUGUAUAUUUGUUAAGGUAAUUUAAAAAAAGUGUGUUCAAAAUAUUUCAAUAUGUGUGCAAAAGCACUGUUUGAGCACAUUCAACACUAAUUUAAUAACUGAUCGUUUUGGUCACAAUAAAGUCACAUACAUUUUCAUAUUGUUACAUUCCUACAUCAUACCAAUAACACGGUACCAAAAAAAGCCAAGCUAAAGAAAAAAAACUACGUGACAAGAUUACCUGUAUUUUGGUGUAGGUGGGUUAGGGUGAGCAAAUCAAACACUCCUUUUCUCCUACCUCAGGUAUCUGAACUUGGCGAACUGCAGUAAACUUCUCUUGAGCUCACUUUAACCAAACAUGGUGUGAAUCGUGUGGGGCUUCUUACAUUUUUCAUGCCGUUUGCACCAAAUGUUCUGCACACAUUCAGCAAAGAGGGUGUAGCCCUCAGAUUUCCACAUCUUCAACCUUCUCAACUACCAACAGUGAUUGGAGGCCAACAAUGAUGCCUGUUCUGGUAAAGAUCCAACCCCAGAGCCAGGCACAAAGAAGUGUUCAUAAACUACAGUUAAAGCUAAAAAUAAUAGCUAUUAAGUUACUGUUUACCAGCCUUGGAGCAAGAAGUUUGCAAUGUUAUUAUAGGGUUGAAAAAAAAAUAGCUUCGGUAUUUAUUGAUACCAGUCCCUAGUUGGCAGGGAGGCGAAAAGUUCUCCAGAGGAAUAAUUAGUCCAAACAUGUAGACGUUGCCAGGUUAGGUCCUUGUUGCUUGAUAAGAAAAUUCCUGGACUGUGAAAGCAUAUUUAUUUUCUUCUGCUUCUGAAUGCAUAAUUUGUUCUACAAACAUCUAUUCUGGCUUGAAUAGCGAAGUUGUAAGAUUCUUCUACUGUUCCGAUUAGACUAUUCAAUAGUUAUGAAUAUUCUUAGUAUAUUGGUAAAAGACAACCUCUGUGCUGUCAAAUAACAGCUAUGUAUUUUUUAUAAAAACACUUGGCAUUAUCCUCCUAAUUUAGUUGGUGAUUUAUCACAGGUAUCAAAUUAUGAAACAUUUUUUUUAGUCCCCAGUAUUAAAAUAUGCACCAAACAUUGGAGUAAACCGGUAAAAAAAAAUUUUUUAAACUGUACACUUGAAAUCAAGACCAGCAAAUGUCUUAAUUUUUUUUAGUAAAAUAGUUGUCGAGGCUGUCCCCUGAAAUGUUGCUUGUGUGUUUUCUACAUUCUUUCCAAACAGGUUUGACCGACUAUAAAGAUGUUGGACUGUGGCGAAGUAGUUUUUUAGUGGUGAUCCAUCAAUACUUAUUUGCAAACGCUAUUUAAACAUCAGCAAGAUGUGAUGUUAGUUUGUGAGACGCUGCAUUUGGCUAUGAAGUCUGUGUAGCACCAAUGGAAGGUUGGUAGGUAACGACCACACGAACAACUUGCAUGACAAAUAUGUGUACAUUGUUGUUGAUUACUCAAAUUUAGAUAUUUUUGUUAAUAAGCUUUGAUAGAAUUGGGACUACCUGCAUGCCCACACUCUUAGAACAUUUAAAAGCUGCUUCGUAAAACCUUUUCUUUUACUUUUGACAGUGUAAACUUUUAGAACAAGUGAUGAGGAAUAAUUGAAUUUUGUCCAUUUCGAUUGAUCAGCCUUGUGUGGUAUUAACUUUUAAUUCCACAGUAGCAAAUCUCUACUGGCUAAACACGAGUGCUAAAUGCCAAACACCUAUAUGUUUUAGUCCAGUUUUACGUAGGAUCACUAUUCACGUAGUCUACCGUUCUAAGACUGUGUGGAGUUUGAAUUGAACCUGAAAGAAACGUCAAGACUUCGACAUACGGGUAGUUCUUAUUAAUUACUUGCAGUACUGGUAGAUAAUUAAAAUGUGUUUAAAGUACAGUUGAACUGGUUUGUGUCGACAACUUGUUUGUCAACAGACUUGGAUCCUGGUUCGCUGUUUUUCUUUAAGUAUCCGCUUAAACAGACAUCAGUGUGCAAUGUCGACUGCUUUUGUUAAAGUUUUACACCAAAAGGGUUCAAUUCUAUUAUUAUUUAGUCCAUAUAUGUUGAUGUGUUGUAGUAUAAACUUCCUCAUUACAACGUUGCAUGAGACAAAUGCAACACAAUCUCAGAAGUUAUGCAGCAUUCAAACUUGCACACAGAGACACCCUGUCAAAAUAAAACAAUGGGAACUAUAGACCGUGCUAGUCCCAAUUUCCUAAUUUAAAAAAAUCUAGAAUCCAGAUGGUGAUCCGGAUCAAACCCAAAAUCUAAUGACUUGUUUCUUAACCCAUUUUCUAUAAGUGUCAUUAAAAUCCACCCAUAACUUUUCAAGCUAUGUUAAAAACCGACAAAAUACUUAAGUUUAAAAUUCUAUUGUAAGCCAUUUACCUCAUGUUGCCGACCAAAGUCGGAAGUAAAUGCGUAAGUAGUGGCUGUUUUCGGUUUUGUAAUGUCGACAAUCAUCUUUGUGAGUCGGCCAGUCCAUUGAACAUCAACUUAACAGGUCCCACUGUAGGCAGGCAAUGUACUUUGCCCUAUUCUUGUAUUGUUAUAUUUGGCAUGCUAUGACAUACUAUAGUUCUUUUAUCCUACAUUACUUUUUGUAAAAUAAAACCAAUGACCGUUUUUAUUGAAUAGCCUUUGUUUGACCCAAGUGUACGGCUUAAAAAGCUGAAUGUUGUCUGUGGUGUGCAAUUUGUUUUCUUUAACAGGUUUGUCCAUCUUUAAAGGUGACAAGGAACAUUCCAAACCAAGAACUUAGGUCUGUGGUAACCUUGGAUCAUUAGUUUGUGGUUAGCACUUGUUGGAGUGGUUUGGAUGAUGAAAAGGUAUGACGACCUUAUUUUCUCAUGUGAAAGAUGUGAUGUGGUUGCUUUGAAGCCAAGCCUGUAGUUCGGAUGAUGGAUGAUGUGAAACGGUUUGUUUUUCUUCCCUAAUCUGUAGCAGUUCCAAGAAUUUUAACAAUAUGUAGAUUUAAAUCAAUAUACAGUGAAAACUGACAGAUGGCCAACCUUUGAAGUACCAGUAGAGUGGAAACAUGUUGACUUUAUAUGCUUGUUUCAUUGUAUCCAUUAAACCAUAUCAAAUUGAUUUCAACAAUCUGCAAAGAGUUUGAAAACGCCAUUUAACAUCACAAAAUGCCAUAAAUUUAGUUAGCCAUUAUGAAUAUUCCGCUCUGAACAUCUUCUGCUAUUUUUGGAGAUUGAGGUCACAGUAGUAGGGCUUCUGCACUCGGACCAUGUUAUCAGAUCAGUCAAACUGGAAAUGUGCAAAAUCUAAUAAGAAGUUCUGUCACUCACGACCUCUAUACAAGACAUGAACAAACGUUUGUUUUUUAUAUGCAUUCUAAGUCCUAAAUAAAUACAUAAAGUCCGCUAACAAUAGUCUAUGGGGUCUUUCUGUUUUGCCCACAAAACUCUUUUAACAUUUCAAAACCUGCCAACACUAUAUUUACAUCUCGUGACCUGAAUAAUUAACCAAUUGUUGGUAAUGUUACUAUAAGCGCCAACGCUGACAAAGUAUUUUUAGUAUUGUUAACAGAGCGCUAACUAUACUUUAUGCUGCACUGGACUUAAAUGUAAUUAUAAAAUGAAAUUGAAGAGGGCAGGAAUGCAACAUAUCUAGAUGAGAACUGCCAUAAAACUAAUAAAAAAUCAGCUCAUACAACAUUGAGCCGUUCUCAUCCGGAUAUUAAGAGGAUUUACACAUUAAUCUAGAAGUUGUUAAUCUGUGACAUUCAGUUUAUACCAGGUGUUGAAGACAAACAUACCAUAUUAAAAGACCAUGUCAGCAGCAAUUUUUUUAACCCUUCGUCGUGUGGAUUGCAAUUAUUCAUCCCAACAGGAAGAUAUGGACACCCUUGACAUUCAGUUUAUACCCAGUGUUGGAGACAAACAUAGUAUAACAGAAGAGAGUGUCCGUAACAACUUUUGUAACCCUUCGUCGUGUGGAUAAAGAUGAAUUAUUCAUCCAAACGGGAAGAUAUGGACGUCCUAUCUGUCACAGUGAGAGCAGACAUACAAGAAGCGAUCUUUUAAUGUUUGCAGUUUGUAUUUCUUGUUUAGCACAUUGCAAUACUGUUGCAUGAUGCCAAGUGUUCCACUAAAGCUGAAUCUGUUAGGCAGAGCUUCUAAAACUUGUAGUUGGAUCUUUUUAUAUUCAGUAUAAUAAAAGUAUAUGGUUCUGUGCCAUCAUUUUUUCACAAAGCAGUUAGUAUUGGCUUCCACAAAGUCUAUGAUUUGCAUUGUUGUUAGGCAAAGGAUCUGCGGUUCCUAUGUCUGUCACGCGAUCACGUGACUAGUAAGCUCAUUAUCUCUUAAAAUGGCUCAGGAAUCUGAAAUUUAUACUAUUUAGAGCAUAUUUAUUCACCCGCAAACUGAAUCUUUUUGUGUCAUAUAUCACACAUAUACGCUAAUAGCUUCAAUAUAGAGGCAACUUGUUUUUCCACUCAACUGUUACUUGAAUUCUCGACUUUUCAGGGUAUUAGCAUUGAUCGCGACUGAAUCGUUCAGACUGUCUUUGAAGUAGAGGUACAUUGGGUAGUUUUUUUGUAUUGUAGUUGGGUCAGUACAGGAGAAAAGGUCUAUUAAGAUUCUGGACGAAUGAUACAACUAUCAGUUCUGACACCACUUACUGAAAUAUAUAUAAUGUAAAGUCACGCCCUGCGCACAUGAAUGCCAUAAAUAAAUAUUCGCAGCUGAAUGUACUUGUGCAUUGCAGAAUCUUUUAUUCUGUAAUGGAUUGGUGCGGCCAUUACAAGGUGACAUAACUGCUUCGCACGUUGCAAACCUAGUUGACAGGUUUAGAUAAGACUUCCCUGCUGUGAGAUGUUACAUGAUGAUGCUGGUGUUAUCCCGGGCACUUGUGGUAAUUAACAAUUAUUUGUACAUCUUUUCACAUUUUUAUUUACACUAUAUUGCAUUUAGUGCUGAUAAAUAUCAGUAUUAACAUUUUACCAACACACAUCCCUACUUGAAAGCAUAUUUUGAGCAGGCUUCAUCAGCUCAUGGUUUUGUAUUCAUCCUCGAGCAGGGGGUAACAAGAACAAUUUGGCUCUAUUGUGGUGGAAAAAGAUAGCAAGGAGAGCCCUGCCAGCACAACAGUAGUUAGUAUCCAAACACCCUCGUUGGCAUUGCUUUAUUGUAGCGCAAAAUGACAGCUGUCCAGAGGCAAACCGCUUCUAAAACAAUCUCAACAGUCCAGUUGCGAUCGAUUCAAUGCCCUGAUAAUGCAGUGACCUGGAUGAAUGAAAAUAUUCACAAGUAUGACUAACUCAGGCUGGAUAAGACCAUUUUGUCAUUAACUAAAGAUAAUAUAUAAAAUCAAUCCUUCAGUAAGUGUAUACAAUCUGUGUGUGAUAAGAAAACACAUUCCACAGUAUUUACCUGAUGCAUCGUCUUGUCUUAACUCUGUGAGGCUGCUGUUCAUUGAAGUAAGUCAUCCAGAAAAAGCAAGUUAAUUAAUCCACUGAAUUGAAUAUUGCAUUAUAUGCGGAUGUUUUGCAUAUGAAGUUUUGCAACUUUGUCAUAUUUUGCCCGAAAUGUUUUGCUCUAAUUCUAAUUUGUACAACCUCUAGGUUAUUCCACUUUGGACGUUCUUCAAUACACAACAAAACAACGUUUUAGACAUGCACCUUUUAUAUGAAAUAUAUCCUGCGUUUGUCAUCCGUUCUGACUAGACAUCUAUUUCAACGCCAAAUUAAUGGUCGUGAUUAAUUUAGACAUUGCCGAGUUAUUUUAUCGUUGAUCUUCCCACAGAAUUCAUUUCAUAAUGUAGUUAAAACCACAGAUUUGGGAAGGAUUCGAAUUGUCCUCGUAAAUGUAAUGUAGCAAAUUUGUUCUUAGGAUUCCAGAUCUAUAAUUUUUUUUUUUUUUUUUCAUAAUUUUACACAUAAGUCUAAAAAGAAGGUAUAAAGAUAAUAGUAGUUUUAAAAAAAAAAUGCUGAAACACAAUCUUGACCUAUAUGGCUGCUAACAGUAUACCUCAUUAGUCCCCAAAGAAUGACAAUCUUAGAAGUAUACCUUUUUUAUCUAUUUAUGUUUUUAUGUGUUAUUAAUUUGCACUAAAUUAGUUUUGCAUACAAUUUCGUUGUACAAUGACAGAUAUAUUCUAUUAUAUUCUAUUCUAAUAUGACCACCAAAUUUAGCUUCAGUCACUUAUUGUAGGGCAUUUAAAAGCCAAAUUGUAAGUCCUUACAAUUUACAAUGCCAACAUUGCUUCAGGCCCUGCAAGAUUGCACUAUGUUGCAGUAAUGCCGUUCAACAAAAGUUCUACCAAUUCACAGAAAGUAUGCGCAGUUUUUCAACUUAGUUUAAUCUUCGCAAUUUUCUGGUACAUUUUGGGCAAUCAUUGUCAUUUUACCCCCAUUGAAUUUGUCUGAGCAGUGCUCACCUUGACGUCAUUUGCUAAACAACCAAACGUGUUAACAUUAAACAGAUGACGACUUGUUUUAAUGAUCCAGUGGUUCCCAUACAUUAGUUUACUUUUUUCGAGUAGCGAGCCACCACAGGUAUAUUUUGCCAUCCUCAUUUUGUUGGACUGCGAAUGUAGCUUGUAAUUACAGCGCCGUACACUAGGCGUCAGUGCACAUGAUAACCCUGCAGCGGCUUGGACGCGUCUGUUCUCCCAGAGAAAAAGAUAUGAGGAAAAAGUGAAGGUGCAGUAAGAUAUCUGCUGAAUUUGUUGAAAAUGUUAAUACAUUGUGAGAUUCAUGUUCGUCCAAAAUACGAAACAACUAUCGGCGACAGUUGGUUGGGUCAUCGCGCUUGGACUUAGACCGUCUGAAAAGUAUUGUUUUAACGGGAAUGGUUUGACCUAUGUUCAGCCAAGGCAACUUUAACUCCAGCCUACAAAUCUCCCACCAGCCACCGAAAAAGAUCUAUUUGGUCAACAACACCUGUAGCUACAGCCCGUAAGAAAAAUAAAUAUUGGUUUAUUUUGUUAAAUGUUUUUAAAACAAUAGAUAAUGUCAUGCGUUUUUUAAAACCUGAACCAAAGUGUAUAUCCAAAUUACAUGAUUACAUCCUAUUUAAUCAUGCCUACGUGCAAAUUAGGAAAUGUCAUGCAUUGCUCUGCCCCUUUGACACCAGGUGCAAACUGCGUGCAAUAUGUUGGAGCAUUAAAAAAUAAGUUUAAAAUCAACUGGCAUUUAACUAUAUACUGCAAAAAUGUCAGUGUGUGUUUUAUUUGAACUAAGCAAAAUUAUCUGCCAAUAUAACAAGAAAAUUUGGCUUGUCCAGACUUUCCAAAACAAGUCAAAUUAGCUAACCUCAAUGAACCCAAAAAUACUUUAAAAUAAGUAUAUUAUCACUAAUAAAGUGCACUUGGUAGAAAAAAAAUUAGACGUUUUUGCUCUAUGUGUUGGAAAAUAUUCUUGAAUUAAGCAAAUGCUCGUGCCAUUAUCUUGACAUGAUAUGCGCUCGGCCGUCAUUUUUUUUCAUGUUUGAAAUAAGAAAUUAUUACUUUAAAAAAGUAGUUUUAUACUUGUGAGUGUUAAUGACACAGCUUUGCAUCAGUUGAUAUUCUAGUUUCAAGGAUGUUUUACUCACUCAAUAUAGGUCAUAAAAUCUCAGCAACAAGCUGUAAUAUCUUACUGAGAUAAUUAAGACCAAACCCCUUAAAACAAGUAACACUAACAUAAAAUCUGCUUAGUGAGAAGAAUCAUCAUAUCAGACAGAAGAAAAGCAAAUAUCACCCUUAUUAGAGAUAUUUAAUCUUACUUAGAUUUCAGUUUUUGCAGUGCGUGACAUGCACGUAGAAUUUUAGCAACUUGCGGACAACAGAGCAGACGGGGCAAUAAGGGUGCAUACAAUAAAUUUGUCGCUGUCGUAUGGUCUGAACGGGUUCAAUCAGAUGCCAAGGCAAGCCUUGGUUAAACCCGGGAAACCCCAGCACCUCUAGUCCGUGCGACAACAUUCCAGCAACAGCAGCGUAACAUUCUGUAGCCAGUAAAGCCACGCAUUCUAAAUAAAAGCUCUUUCAAUAAAGUAAGUGUUGAACCACAAUCAUGAAUUAGAAUGUGGGCAGUAUAGAACAUGUAACUGGGCCCGAAUGUAAGGCCAGAAGAUGCGUUGUGUGAUACUAUAAUGGACACAGAAAUUAGCUUUUUUCGCUUUUGUCUGACUAAAGCCGAAAACGGAAUGCCUGCUUUACCAACUUUCUAACUAAGAUGGGCAUACAUCCUGGUGGGAAAAUGAAGAUACAAUUCCCUCAAAAAAUAUUUGUUAAAUAAAAUAUAAAGGCCCUAAAGUACAAAUCAAUUACUUAAAGGGGGUGUUUGCACUUAGCUCAUUAUAAAGUGUCUAUUUUUCUGAUUUACUAAUUGAAUAAAGGUUGUUCGCAGCAGGCCCAGAGAAGCAACUAUUAAUUUGUUGUGUUGUUACGAUAAGACUAUACAUUUAUGAUAGCUAGUGUUAGCUUGCCGAAUUGCUUUCUUUAGCUGAUAACAGACAAAGCUAAUGCGAAAGAAUGUGUUACAAACAGUCAUAGUUCCGUCAUUACAUGCCUGAAGGCGUAAUAGGGUGGGUUAAACGCCUUCAAAAGGUAUCUGUGUAAGGUUUGCAAACAUCCCGCCCAAAGUGACCACACUAAAGUGUAUCACACUUGAAACAUUGCUGAAAAAGUCGCAAGAGACCGCAUAUAUUUCGAAAAGGACUAAUUAUUGGUGUGUAACGGAAGUCUUGUAACGUCCUGGAGAGUUUUAACUCACAAUGAAGAACUUGUAUUCUCCUUUUUUGGACCAAAUACAUGGUCCCCCUGUUGAACGAGCCCCGGAAAGCCUAUCCACCCUUUGCUGGGACCAAGCGCGGCCUGUUGUGUGUAUGUGUGUGUCAUGUCUUUGGCAAAGAGAGCUGCGUUAGCUGCAGUCAGCCAGCUAGCUUGUCAGAGACAGGCUGCCCCAGUCCAAGUCCCUGCAUUGGCUUACAUUGACCAUGAGUAGUUCUGCAGCAGUCAGUGGACAGUAAAGCACUGCAGCCAGAGGUAUGCUUACACGGAUCCCGUAAGGUAAGUGUUCAUCCAUGUUUAUCUUAUCAAAAGAUGCACAGUUCUCCCAUGACUUAACUUCUUUCUCUGUCCUCACUCAUGUCACGUCGCCCCCCCCGAGCGGUGACUCUUUUGAAGGGCUUCUGGCAUCACACUUGUCAAGAAUGGCAUCACAGUGCAGAUCCUCUUCCCUCCUUGUGUGUGUACAUGACCAAGCUUUGUAGACUCUGCAGUGUGAGUGUGUGCGUGGAUGUAGUACUUUGCAUAUUAUCUGUCUCACGGAGACAGCAUACGGGCGGCUGAGUCGCUGGUCAGCUUCCUCGACCAGACGUAACAAAUUCCUUUUUGACUCAAACAUUGUCUUCUUGUGUAUAAAGUGCUUACUCAUAGUACAAUCAUCUUCAGUAACAAUACUCUCAACUUGAUGUCUGCUAGUACUCCUUCACUUCCCGGUGCUUAUAAUACAGAAAUAAGCCGGUUGUCUUUAAAUAACCAAAGGUCCUGUCGCAGUGUUCAGACAAGGAACCAGAAGACUAGAACCGUGCUGCUAAGCUCUGUUUCCGCCAAGCAAGGCCGUUGGUUACAAUACGCAAUUAUUUGCUUUUGUCAGAACGAGAAGUAUAAAAAUAACUUGCCUUUUUGUGGCACUAACGCACUUUUUCUUUGGCGUAUAUCUGCAUUCGGCAAUAAUAAAGCCGAGUUAGAAGCCUUUUUGUUGCUUACUAACAGCCCACUUUUAACAGCCCACUUUGUGGAAUUUAUUGGUCACUUACAUCAGUGGUUCUCGAGCUUUUUUCAGUGAUGUACCCCCUGUGAAAAAUUUUUUUAAUUCAAGUACCCUCUAAUCAGAGUAAACCAUUUUUGGUUGAAAAAAAGAGAUGAAGUAAAAUACAGCACUAUGUCAUCAGUUUAAAAAAGAGAAAGAAGUAAAAUACAGCACUGUCAUCAGUUUCUGAUUUAUUAAAUUGUAUAACACUGCAAAAUAUUGCUCAUUUGUAGUGGGCUUUCUUGAACUAUUUGGGGGAAAAAGAUAUAAAAAAAACUUGUUGAAAAAUAAACAAGUGAUUCAAUUAUAAAUAUAAAUUUCUACACAUAGAAGUAAUCAUCAACUUAAAGUACCCUCUUUGGGGAUUGUAAUAGAGAUUCAUCUGGAUUCAUGAACUUAAUUUUAAACAUUUCUUCCCAAAAAAAGACAUUUAUAAAGGAUUUUUGAAUUGUUGCUAUUUUUAGAUUUUUAUUUUAUUUUUUUUAAUUCACGUAUCCCUUGGCAUACCUUAAGUACCCCCAUUUGAGAACCACUGACUUACAUCACUGCUAUGAUUUAAAAAUCUCAUUAAGGUUAUAGCUUUCAAAUUGACUGGACUGCUUAGCGGAAACAAAGCUACACCUGCACACUAUAUGUGGUAUUUUUUUGUUCUUAAUACCUUCUAUCAGCUGAUUUUUCUCUUGCACCCACAACAUGACUAGAUCGGUCUGGGUCCUGUGUAGUCUAGUAUAGUCAUUGUCUUCACGCCCUGUACAAGCUCUUGGUGGGACUGAGGAAAUUACUAAAAUACCUCAACUUACAAAUUCCAUUGGUAGGACCGAGCUCGUAAUUCAAAACAUUUGUGUCUUAACAUUUUUUGGGGGAAAUCUAUUCAAUCCGUGCUUGGCACUGGCACCUCCAAACACCUGAAUUUGGACAUUUGAUAAGCAUUUUAAAAAGAAAAAGUAAUUUUAUGAAGUAAAUAAUACAUAGCAUUUACCUUGAAAAUGAUUCACGGAGAAGUAAGUUUCAUGUUUGUUGUUGGCUAUUCGCCUCUAGUUAAAGCGGCAGUUUGCCUUUAUGUACUGCUUCUGUCGCUAAAACACAAUCAGUAUCUUCUUCGCCUAGCUGCUGCUUAGGUUGGUGCCGACUGCAUAGCGGUGCUGUGGUCGAUCAGGGUUGGUUUAUUUGGUUCGUUAAGUGUUGCAGGGUUUGCUUUGCCAUUUUCUUCUUCAUGACAACUUAAUCGUAACUCAAAUGAAUGCUCGCAACUUAAGGCAUAACAAAAAGCAGGGAUACAGCUCGUUUCUUGAGGUACUUUGUAAGCUGAGGUACAACUCGUGAAGCAAAUGUCUACCACAGAAGCACUUCUGUGUUGUUGGGCUUGGAUGGCUCUAUCUGCAUCUAUUUAAUUGAAACUCAAUAACUUAUGGCAGGGACAUAUGUCACAUUUUGCUUUUGUUUUGCCUAAUAAUUCCCGGCAUAAAGUAGUUUUUCACUGUACCAACGCCUUGACACAUACGUUAUUUCCAUUGAGAACUGAGUGAGCAUUUAAACAACCGUCAUGACUGUACAGAACCUACAUUUGUACUUGAGAGACAUUUUGUAGAUAUGUUGGGUGAGUUAAGGGACAAAGUGCUGCACUGGUGCACGACUGCACAACCUGAACCUGUUUGUGUUGUGUUUCCAUCCGGUUGUUUGUUUGUUGGGCAUCGUCCCAAUGACUCAAGUGUUCUGUUGUGUGGCCCCCGAAGGACCACGCUGCUCAGCAAUUGGAGCCCUUGAGGCAUUCCAUAUCAGUCAGUCUGCACUGUGAUCCAUUCCACUUCCUUUCUCAGCCCUCAUUGGUCGGACUACUUUUUUUCCUUUUUUUUUUUUUUUUUUGUUGCGGUGUCCUAUGACAACAUGAGUGUGAUGCCAGAACCACCCUCGUGGCCGCCAAUGGCCCUCCUCUAAAACGUCUGCAAGAGCGACGUUGGGGGGAAGCCUGGUCUUCCCUUACUCCUCCAAACAUCGGAAAUGCUCCAGUUGUGUUUGCUGUAACUGUUAACAGUAGUACUUUCCUGAGAAGCAGGGAGUUCUAUGAAUGUUAGUAGUCAGGAAUAUUGUUUUUGCAACUUGACGACAAAUGCACACCUUGUCUGCAGCUCUUCCACUCCAUGGUACACUUUUGUACUUCACACUUCGCCCAGGUCACACUGCACCACUUCACUCUUUUUGGAACGCAAAUCACCCGCUUCGACAUGUUUUUUUCUUCCCCGUUGGUUUUAAGCACGUGCACUUUUGAAGCACUUUUUGUAGUCUCCUUCCCACGCGAGACAUUAGGUUAAACCGACAUUCCUGGCAAAUUUUCGCCGCGGCGAUCCGACAAUUCUGAAGGUGGUGUAGUGUGACGUCUGACAUGAACGACAUUAACAGUUACUCUUUCGUAAUGCAUGUUCAUAUCAUAACCUUUUUUUUUUUUUUACACACACAGACACAUACAACCAACACAAACACACACAUCAUUUUAAACCCACAGAGGGGUGUCACUAUCAGGCUCUCACUGCGUGUCUCUUGCCACAGGAGCGUCCACCAGCUGAAGGAGGGUGACCGUCCUCGCUGCUCAUUUGCAUGAACGUGACCCUAAAACUGAUGGUGCAACAACAAUGGUGAUGCCCCGGAGGCCCUCCAUGUUUGUUUCCCGUGACGUGGAUGCCAGAUCGGCCUGUGGCGCUUGACCUGAUGCUGAAGAAGCACACCGGAGGAUGAGCAUCCUGUUUUACAGACUAUGGACUGAUGCUCUGAAAUGGCCAAAUAAAAAAAAGUAAACCUCA